UCGCCUCUGUGACAGCGCCGAGGUGCGCCGUUCAGGAGCGAGGAACAAAGGAGCGGGGUGGGGAGGGGAGCGAGUUGGGCGUGGGAGAGCCCCCGGCCCGCUGCCAGAAGAUCCCGACCGGAGGAAGCCCAAGUGUCACUUGAAUUCCGCCCCAGGAGCUGGCGCCUGGGAUCCGAGCGCCUUGUUUAGCAAUUACGGUGGGAGCACGUCCUAUAAGUUACGGGAAAGUCGGCGGCGAAGGAGGACGAUCCCUUGUCCCCCUGUGGCCUCCCUCCUGGCCCCUCGAGACCCCAGGAUCGCCUGGAUCUGGGAGGGGAGUUCCAGAAUGAAAAGCAAGAAAGGUGUUGUUGCAGCAUCUGGCAGUGAGACUGAGGAUGAGGACAGCAUGGACAUCCCCCUGGACCUCUCUUCCUCAACUGGCUCAGGCAAGAGGAGAAGGCGGGGCAACCUGCCCAGGGAGUCUGUUCAGAUUCUUCGAGACUGGCUCUAUGAGCACCGAUACAAUGCCUAUCCUUCUGAGCAAGAAAAAGCAUUACUGUCCCAACAGACACACCUAUCCACACUCCAGGUGUGUAACUGGUUCAUCAAUGCCCGCCGCAGGCUCCUUCCAGACAUGCUGAGGAAGGAUGGCAAAGAUCCCAAUCAGUUCACCAUCUCCCGCCGUGGGGCCAAAAUUUCUGAAGCCAGCUCUGUGGAGGUUGCCAUGGGCAUCAAAAACUUCAUGCCAGCUCUAGAGGAAAGCCCAUUUCAUUCCUGCACAGCUGGACCUAACCCAACUCUGGUAGGGAGAUCACUGUCUCCGAAACCCCCAUCCCCAGGAUCAGUUUUGGCUCGUCCAUCCGUGAUCUGCCAUACCACUGUGACUGCAUUGAAAGACGGGCCUCUGGCUCUCUGCCAGCCAGUUGGUGUGGGACAUAGCACAGAUAUUCAGCAGAUAGCAGCCAGCAGUUUCACAGAAACCUCACUCAUGUACCCAGAAGAUGCUUGUAAAAGUACACACACACAGAGUGGUCUUUUCAACACUCCUCCCCCUACUCCGCCUGACCUGAACCAGGAUUUUAGUGGAUUUCAGCUUCUAGUGGAUGUUGCACUCAAACGGGCUGCUGAGAUGGAGCUUCAGGCCAAGCUUACAGCUUAACCCCUUUUUGCAAGCAAAACACUUCUCCAAAACGUGAUUGCCGGGGUGAUGGCAAGAGUUGAAUUGCAUUAUUUUAUAUAUUUUUUUAUUAAUAUUUGCACAUGGGAUUGCUGAAAUGAAGCUUCCUGUUACUGAUGUUUUCAAUGGAAUAUCGUCAUUCCAAGAAUAUAAACUCAGAGCUACUGUAGAAACAAAAGGGUUUUUUUUCUUUCUUUCUUUCUUUAAUGUUUCUUGGUAGAUUAUUCAUAAUGUGAGCUGUUUCCCAAUAUCAUGUGAUUUUUUUUUUUUAUUUCCCCCCCCUUUUUGUUGGUGUUUUUCAGACUGUGCAAUACUUAGAGAACCCAUAGCAUCUUUCCAUUCCUGUGUGGAACAGGUUGUCCACUUACUGUUUAAUUAAUAAAUUUUCAAUGUUUUUUUUUUUCAAACAAGUAUGAAUCUAGUUGAUUGAUGCCUUUUUUUCAUGACGCGUAAUAAAGUAUUUUCUUUAAAAGUUA